AUGCCGCGGCGGGGCUGCUGCCUGCCGCCCCUCCUGUGCGCGCUGGCCGCCCUCAGCCUGCCGCUGCUGCUGGCCGCCGAGCCCCGCGCCAAAAGUUGCUCCGAAGUGCGGAGGCUCUACGCCGCCAAGGGCUUCAGCCAGAGCGAGGCGCCCAGCCACGAGAUCAGCGGUGACCACUUGAAAGUCUGCUCUCAAGGCUACACAUGCUGCUCCCAAGAAAUGGAGGAGAAGUACAGUCAGCAGAGUAAACACGACUUCAGAAACGCUGUCGUAGAGCUUAGCAAUCACCUACAAAACAUGUUUAGUUCCCGGUACAAGAAGUUUGAUGAGUUCUUCAAAGAGCUGCUGGAGAACGCAGAGAAGUCCCUGAACGACAUGUUUGUGCGGACGUACGGCCGGCUGUACAUGCAGAACUCGGAGCUCUUCAAGGACCUCUUCGUGGAGCUCAAGCGCUACUACGUGGGCGGCAACGUCAACCUGGAGGAGAUGCUCAACGAGUUCUGGGCGCGCCUGCUGGAGCGCAUGUUCCGCCUGGUGAACCCCCAGUACCACUUCACGGACGAGUACCUGGAGUGCGUCAGCAAGUACACGGAGCAGCUGAAGCCCUUCGGGGACGUGCCCAGGAAGCUGAAGCUGCAGGUGACGCGCGCCUUCGUGGCCGCCCGCACCUUUGCCCAGGGCCUGGCCGUCGCCAGGGACGUCGUCAGCAAAGUGUCCGUGGUGAACCCCACGCCGCAGGGAACGCGGGCGCUGCUGAAGAUGAUGUACUGCCCACACUGCCGGGGCCUGGUGUCAGUGAAGCCCUGCUACAACUACUGCUUCAAUGUCAUGAGAGGCUGCUUGGCCAACCAAGGGGACUUGGAUGCCGAGUGGAAUAUCUUUAUGGAUUCGAUGCUGCUGGUAGCAGAGAGGCUGGAGGGCCCUUUCAACAUUGAGUCUGUCAUGGACCCCAUUGAUGUGAAAAUUUCAGAUGCGAUCAUGAACAUGCAGGAGAACAGCAUGCAGGUGUCUCAGAAGGUUUUCCAGGGAUGUGGCCAGCCAAAGACACUUGCCCAAGGCCGGACUGCUCGCUCUGUCUCUGAAGGUGGUUUCACUGCUCGUUUCCGACCCUACAACCCCGAGGAGCGACCCACAACCGCUGCUGGCACGAGCCUGGACCGACUGGUUACUGAUGUGAAAGAGAAGCUGAAACAAGCCAAAAAAUUUUGGUCAUCUCUCCCUGGCAACAUUUGCGAUGAUGAAAAGAUGUCUGUAGGCACUGUCAAUGAGAAUGAAUGCUGGAAUGGAAGCGCCAAGAGCAGGUACGACUUUGCAGUGACUGGAAAUGGUUUAGCAAGUCAGGUGAAUAACCCAGAGGUUGAGGUGGACAUUACCAAGCCAGACAUGGUGAUUCGCCGGCAGAUCAUGGCGCUGCGGGUGAUGACCAACAAGCUGAAGAAUGCCUACAGCGGCAACGACGUCGACUUCAUUGACAUAAGCGAGGAGAGCAGCGGCGAGGAGAGCGGCAGCGGCUGCGAGCUCCAGCAGUGCUCCCCCGAGUUCGAGUUCAACGCCACCGAGGUCACCGGCAGCUCCAACAAGAGCGACAAGACCGUGAACACUUCUGCUGCUGCCACCAGAAGUGGUCUAUCACAAGCAGCCUUGCUCCUUAGCCUUUUGUUCUUGGCCAUGCAAAGACAAUGGAGAUAAUUGUGCAGCAUAGGGGGAGGGGAAAAGACUUUUAUUAUCAAAGGUAGAAGGCACCUGCUUUCACUUUUAUACCAUCUAGAGACUUUGCUUUUUAAGUUAAUGGACAACAGUGUACAGUUUUUACUAUGUUGCCACUGGUUUUAAGAUACUGAUUUAUUUUUUUUUCCCUUGCUAUCCUGGGAAUAACAGGAAUGGGAAGUACCAGUCUAUCCCGUUCACCAAGAAUCCAUGUUAGAGGUGGAUAACAAAAAUGUAUAUACAAGCCUGUAGUUAGCUCUGCAUUUGUGUCUUUAUCACUUUUUUUUUUUCUUUUACUGUAUUUCUUACGAAAGCAAAAACCCCAGGGUCUUCUCUUGGCCUGUAACAAGUAUGUGUUUCUGAAAUGAGAAAUAUCUGUACAGAAGCAGGUUUUAUUUAUCAUGUUAUCUUAUGAGGAAAAAAUAAUUGCCCAACAAGCAGAAAAUGUUUCAUGUAGUUAACUUCCCAUUUAUCCACAUUAUGUUAGUUGCCUUAUCUGGAGAGAAGUGGAAGUCAUUUGUCUUUAUUAUGUGGUAAAACGGAAGGUGAAGGCAGAACUGGUCAUCGUGCCAAGGGCCCCGUUUGCUUAGGGCAUCCAUGCCAGGAGCAGGUUGUGCUUGCUUUGCAGGAGGUUUGGUUCAAUUGGAAGGGACUACAGAGAAUUCCCAUUCUGCAGACGCUGAGAAGAGCUGUCCUUUGCUCCCCGGGAUCCUUGCCAUCAGCUGUAACUCCUGUGGGUCAGUUCCCAACGUGCAUCCCCGAGGGAAUGAGGCAUUAAACUUGUUCAGUUGGAAACA